AUGGAUAGUACUUCACAGGAAAUUCUUCAGUCGGGGAUUGUUCCAACAGAAGACAUUUCGGGUGAUCCGUUAUGGAGUUUUUCAACCCGAAAUCGGACUCAAGCUACAGACCAGACUAACAUAAGUCAAAACCCCUCUUCAAACUUAACAGACUUACAACAUGUGAUCUCCGAGGGUAUGCAUGGUCCAGCCAUGAUAGAGACUUGGCCGUGCUCUACAUCUCAGGCAUCAAACGUUGGUACAAACUGGGCGCCAGAGUCUAGUUGGCUGACUCAGCCUGCGUCCAGCAUACCUCUGGAACUAAAUACAAGUGAGACCAUCAAUGGGUACCAGUUACAAAGAUCUGCAUCUUUGCCUCGGCGAUGGACAGCAGGAAGCUCUGGCGGAAGCGUAAGCUCCGUUCCAGAAUUUGUAGGGCAGCAAGAUAACAGUGUGCCACCAAAGAUUGGCACUCGGUUUUCCAAGGAGUCAGCUCGUGUUCUGAAGCAAUGGCUGAAUGCUCAUAGCCAUUACCCAUAUCCCAAUCAUGCAGAUAAGCAGAGUCUUCAGCUUUUGACUGGGCUUUCGAAAACACAGAUAACGAACUGGCUUGCAAACGCCCGGCGCCGCCAGAAAGCUGUGACUGGAAGUCGUUCUAUACCAUCCCCACAAGCAGAACAGCAGAGUGCAGCUGCGAUAAGACGCCCUGGGACUCCAAUGCCCAGGCGAAUCACGGAUCAUCAUCCUGACAUGGAUCCUUUAGAGCGCUGGGUUGAGUCUCCCCCGGAUGAUGAGCCGGCCACGGUGCAUGCAAUUGCUCGUGCUAUAUCGUCUGGGGGUGGUAUAUCAUCAGCAGGCCGUAAAGCUGAUGACUACUCUCUGGACAACAUCUCUGGUCCGUCAUCUCUAUUUGAUGACAGUUCGGCCAGCAGUGUUGGUUCUUCAAGGGAUGAUUCAAAGGCAUCUGCAAGCUCUCAUGGAUCAAGUCGGUCUCGGUUAAUAUCACCAUCAUUCAAUCGAAGAGGUCGACGCCGAGGGCGUAAAAGUGGCCAUAGCACGCCUUUAUUUCAACACCGAGGCCCAUUUCAAUGCACUUUUUGUACAGAAACAUUCCGAGCCAAGUACGAGUGGCAGCGACAUGAAAAGUCGCUGCACAUCCCAUUAGAGAGAUGGAUGUGCGCUCCAGACGGCCCCAGGCGUAUCAACCCAGAAACCAACCAGCUUUGUUGCGUUUUCUGCGGCGAGGUGGACCCCGACGACACACAUGUCGCUCAGCAUAAUGCUGCAACCUGUCAAGAGCGGGUUUUCAACCGUAAGGACCAUCUCAAGCAGCAUUUAAAACUAGUUCAUAACGCCAAAGGAGUUGAUUGGGUUUUGAAGCAUUGGAAAACCUCGAGUCCAGCUGUUCGCUCGCGGUGCGGUUUCUGCCAGAAAACCCUGGAGACAUGGGAAGACCGGGUAGACCAUCUUGCCGACCAUUUUAAGGCAGGCAAGACGAUGGCGGAUUGGAAGGAUGAUUGGGGCUUUGAAGGAUGGGUCUUGGAGACGAUUGAGAACUUCAUUCCUCCCUAUGUCAUUGAACACGAACGUCAUACACCAUUUCCUUUUAACGCAAGCGUUUUGCCGUCGAAUUCUCCCCGCUGCGCCUAUGAACUAAUCACAUUAGAGCUGGAAUAUUAUGUUCAAAGACAUUGGGAAGACGUCGGCCAAAUGCCUACGAAUAGGGAAAUGCAACUCGAGGCAUGCCGGAUUAUCUUUGCCGCUGAAGCACUGGCACCAAUUACUGUCAACGCUGAGGAAGACAGUUCGACGUCUUGGCUUCGAGAUCUCAUCACUUCCGAUGAUACAAUCACGCAAGAGGCUAAGUUCCGACCCAUGCGGUCACAGGCUGAGAACAGAUUGUCAACCUUGCGAAUCAAUGGGAAACGAACCUUUUUCGAGUCCUGUCCCCUUGAAUCCCAGUUGCGGGAGUUCGUUCAUACUUUCUGGGCUACACGAUCCGCCGUUCCCACAAAUACUGACCUUCAGGGUGAGGCUUGCAGGGCUACUGCCCGCAUGGAGGAGGCUCUCUCUUCCAGGCCGCCUGAUUUCGUGGUUAAUUGGUUGACAAAGUUAAUCACGUCCUCAGACAAUUGGUUGACUGGUUUCAAAAGACGUAACAAUGUUCUUUCCACGUCGGAGAAUCCAUGUUUACUGAGUAUUGACGGGCAAAGACAACAUACAGGCUCUUCUUAUGUCGGGGUUUUCACGCCACACGGCGAGAUGGCUUAUCCGGUUUCUUGUAAUCAGGUCUUCAUGCCCUCGUUGGGGAACGGCAUCGACGGCAGGCCUUCCGAGCGACUCUCAACCGACAAAGCUUUUGAUCAUCUUCUUUUUAAUAUGGAAGAUGUACAUGCCACGCCAAAUCCCGGAAUGGAAGGCGCAGCGCCAUUUAAGACAUCUUUUUCUCCUGCAGCUUCGCCGUUGGUCUCCGGUACACAUUACGAGAGUUUCAAACCUAUUGGUUCUAGGCGACAGGAUCCAGGCAGUUCGCGCCCGGAAACUUGGCUUAAAUCUGGUAACUUUGAUCUAAACGACUCAAACUCGCAUAGAUGGCUGUCGCGUGAACUUAAACGUUGGGUUAAUGCAACAAUGUCGCCUAAUAACCCCAACCGGCAUAUUCCAUCGAAUGAAGAGAUUCGCCAUCAAGCUCGCUGUCUACUUUUUGAUGAUGAUGACCCUUGGAAUCAAACGGCCGCGGAUAACGCAGAAUGGCUGGAGUUUUUCAAGCGCGAAGCAGGCAUUCCGUAA